CAACAUCUAACGAAUAUCUCGUGAUAAGUUCAAAUCAUCGUAGCUUUUUUAAUGGUUUUAAAAGGAUAUUUUGUUGAAUAUAUUCAGAAUUUUGUGUAAUAAUUGUAAAUAUUACUUUAGUGACUUGUAUUUGUGUUAUAUCAAGAUGACGUCCGAAAAAGGGUGCAGAAAAGAAAAAAAUCAAAAUAUCCAAGUGUUCGUGAGGCUCAGGCCUCUGAACCAACGGGAGCGCGACAUCAAGUCUCUCGGUGUUGUUGAAGUAAUAAAUGGAAAGGAAGUGGUUGUUCGUCAAUCACAGCAGAGUAUGCACACCAAGAGAUUCACCUUUGACCGAGCAUUCCCUCCCCUAUCAAAACAGGUAGAGAUUUACCAAGAAGUGGUCAGUCCAUUGAUCGAGGAAGUGUUGGCUGGUUACAACUGCACAGUUUUUGCAUAUGGUCAGACUGGUACUGGCAAAACACAUACCAUGGUCGGCGAGGCUGCUGCUGAUGAAACCACAUGGCAGAGUGAUCCCCUCGCUGGUAUCAUUCCUCGUGCGCUCAGCCAGAUCUUCGAUGAGCUACGUAUAUCGAACACAGAGUACACUGUUAGAGUCUCAUACUUGGAAUUGUACAAUGAGGAACUGUUUGACUUACUCUCCACAUCGGAAGACAACUCCAAGUUAAGAAUUUAUGAAGACGUCACCAGGAAGGGUGCCAAUAUUGUGAAUGGCUUGGAAGAGAUAACUGUUUAUAACAAGAAUGAGGUUUACAAAAUCAUGGCUCAAGGGCAAGAACGGAAGAGAGUUGCUUCAACUCUAAUGAAUGCUCAAUCUAGCCGCUCGCAUACUGUGUUCACAAUUGUCAUCCAUAUGAAGGAAAAUAGCCCAGAAGGCGAAGAGCUCGUCAAGAUUGGAAAGCUAAAUCUCGUUGAUUUGGCCGGUUCGGAAAACAUAAGCAAAGCGGGCUCAGAUAACCCUGCGAAGAGAGAGAGGGCUAGGGAGUGCGUGAACAUUAAUCAGUCCCUGUUGACGCUUGGUAGAGUCAUCACCGCGCUCGUAGAGAGACAUCCGCAUAUACCAUACAGAGAGUCAAAAUUAACACGAAUCUUGCAAGAAUCUCUGGGCGGUCGUACAAAGACAUCUAUUAUAGCGACCAUCUCGCCCGGGCACAAAGACAUCGAGGAGACUAUGAGCACUCUAGAGUAUGCAAACCGAGCUAAGAACAUCCAGAACAAGCCUGAAGUCAACCAGAAGAUGACUAAGAAGGCGAUCCUGAAAGACUACGCCGAAGAGAUUGAUCGGCUUAAGAGAGAUUUACACGCAGCUAGAGAAAAGAAUGGUGUAUACUUGGCGAAUGAGACAUUCGCGGAGAUGACGCUUAAACAAGAAGAACAACGCAAGGAAAUACAAGAGUUGCUGCUCAAGAAGCGCGCUAUGGAGGAGGAACGUGAGCGUAUGGAAACUGUCUUCAAGGAGCUCAACUGCUCUUUAGAGGAGCACAAGCAGCAACUGAACUCGACAGUUAGCAAGUUAUCCUCCACGGAAAAUAUGCUCGCUGACACUACUAAUAUGUUAAAAACUACAAAAAUGCACUAUGAAGAACAGAGGUACCUCGUCAGCAAACAAUUUGAGACUGAGAAAGUGCUAUCAUCUCAAGCCAAGCAGCUGCUUGAGGUUGCUGAUGCAGCUUCCACUGACGCUGCCAAGCUUCUUGACUCUAUUGACAAGAGAAAAAGAGUGGAAUUGAGGAAUCUAGAAAUAACGCGAACAUAUCGUGAGAUAUCAGCGCAACAUAGGAAUAACUUGACGGGCGGUACGGAGAACUUCGUCGGGACUCUCAUUCAGGCCCUUGCGAAUGUCCAGACAGCUCUGAAUUCUUACACACAAAACAGCACUCAAAUACAAAAUCAUAGUAAACAAAGACUUGACGAUUUGGUCAAACAAGCCAUGGAGACCAUGAAUAAGAUGACAGCGUUAAAAAACACCAUGUACAGUGAAAUAAAUUCCGCCGCACAGUCGAGCUCCUCUCGAUUCCGGGAGACGACACACGCGAAAGCCGACCACCUGAAGAGCAUCCUGGAUAGGCUGGCGACGUGCGUGCUCACGUGCCUGCAGGCGGCCGGCGAAGUAGACCUGAGUUCCAAUAUGACGGUUUUUCUCACAGAAUGGCAAUCGUCGGGCGUGACGCAGCUGACGCGGCUGCAGCACGCGAGCGCGGCGCAGGCGGCGGCCGCGCGCGAGGCGGCGCGCCGCGUGCAGCUCGCGGGCGCGGGCCUGCGCCGCGCGCGCGCCCAGCGGGCGGAGCAGCUCCGGGCGCGGUUCCUGCACCGCAUACACGCGAUCACCGAGGAGGGAGAGCUGACAGAAAAAUACUUGGCCGAGCAGGCGACGAGCAUAGAGAGGGAGAAGGCCGAGUGGGAGUCGCGUCUGCUCCGGUGGGCGGAGGAGGAGCGAAGACUUCUGGAGGAGCGCAUCGAACGUCGCAUUGCCUCCGAGAGGACCUUCCUGGAACAGAGUGUGAGCCGGAAACUUAGAGAAAUAGAAAAUCAGAGGAUUAAGUUUGAGCAGCAGCAGAAACAAAAUGUUGAGGAGCUCAACGUUAUGCUAAGAGAUAGUCAGGAAAUGAAUGACCAGAUUGAUGAAGGUCUAUUAGAACAAGAGAAUGAGUUGGAGAAGUGUUUGAACGACCUUAAAUUAUUUGUAAACGAUUAUGAAAAGGAUCAUGCAGUUAUGGUAUCCAAUGUAAACAGUUUGCGUGACGGAGCACUGGAGGUGGUAGAGACAAUAAAAACGGAUUUAUUACAAAAUCUGCAACAGACACAGUCACAUAUUCAGGAUGAAUCAAGAGGUUUGAUAAAACAGAACCAAGAAUCAACAACCUAUCUAGUGAAUGAAUGUAAUGAUAUACUCGAAUCUAUGUCUCAAAUGUGCCAGCGAACAGUGGAUAACAUUGUCGAGGAAGUAAAUGUAAGAUCAACAUCUACUAUGGAGGAGCUGUCAUCGUUAUCAUCAGUUGCGACUAAUGUCACAUCAGCCAGUCAGUCCCAUUACAUCGCCCAGACUGAGACCCUGACCACGGUGAAAAAUGAAAUGGAACAGUUUUACGGCAGGCUGCGCGAGGAGGUGACACAACUCGAGGAACUGGAAAGUCGAUGUCUCAACCAGGACUAUGCUGUAUACUGUCCGACUGGCAGCACCCCGCUGCGCGCGCAGUACCGCUACCCGCGCGCGCUGGCCGCGUCGUCGCCGCCCGCGCGCGCGCUGGCCGCCUACCGCGCCGCGCGGCAGCUCGCGGACGACGACUGCAUCUUAGUGGAGACCGAGGGCGAAGUACGAAGCGACAGCGAGUCGUCCGCCUCCGAGGACUCUACCGUGUUCGCGGCUCCCUCCCCGCCUGAUUCUGUCAACCAUAAACCUCCCAUCAUGAAAUGUACCUCCGAGACAGAUAUAUAUUUAAGACGACGACAACAAGAUCAACAGGGUAAGGAGAAUGUGAACCGCUCGAUGUCGUUCAAGAAGCCUUCCAAGCUGCCGGCGCCCACUUCGCACAAGAAGCCGCUGUUCGAGAGGAACGCUGACUGACGGCAGCACAGACAUUAUAAAAACACAAUUUAUUGCCGCUCGCUUGCUUCAGGCAACUGGUUGCAAGGAUAUAAUCAUCUACGCUGCUCUGCGUGACGGAGUUCUGAACGCUAUGAUUAUAAUAACAGUUAAAAUAUUAAAAUUACUAAUGUUUUUGUCGCAAUGUUUCUGAGUAAAGUUUUUUUGAUUAUUAAUUGACACUUACAUAUGUAUAAUGCAAUGUGAUAUAGUGCGAACU